CUAAUCCCAAAACAUCCAUAGCCAUCACUUCUUGUGCCCCCACACUUCACAUGCCUUUGUUCUUUCUUCCCCUCUCCAUAUAUACCCUUCCUUCUUCUUCCCAUCCCCUCCAUUCUAUCUCCUACAAAGCUUUAAUCCCUCCAUUCACAAAAUCAUACUCUAUAAUCCAAGAAAUUCAAGUUUUAAUUAUUUGGAUUAAUCAUAAUUCGUAAAUUUCAUUUUGAUCGCUUUUAUAUAAUGGCCCUAAAGAAAGCGGUAGCCAAGAGCGUGACACAACCCGCGGCCAUAAAGCACAUCAUCAAGAGGUGUUCGAGUUUCGGGAAAAAACAACACGGGUACGGAGAUGACGAAAAUGCCCUUCCGCAUGACGUCCCGAAGGGGCAUUUUGUGGUAUACGUGGGGGAGAACCGGAGCCGAUACAUCGUCCCCAUUUCUUGGCUGAGCCAUCCCGAAUUCCAGAGCCUUCUCCAACGGGCCGAGGAGGAGUUCGGGUUCAGCCACGACAUGGGCCUCACUAUCCCUUGCCACGAACAAGACUUCUGCUCCCUCAUCUCCAUGCUCAGAUGAUAUAACAUCGAUCGGUCGAGAAGAAGUGGCCGAUGGCGACGAUGAUGCAAUUUUGUAACGAAAAUUUGUGACGUACGUAUGAUCUGUUUUCAUAAAUUUUCGUUACGAAUCGCUCGUUUGCGCAUGUUUCUUUUUUUGAGGGGUACGUAGGAGCUAAGGUAUGUAGUUAGCUUCAACCCCGGAGGUGAUCAAGUGGUGGCAAUGUGACAAUAUUUUAAUCAAAGGAAACGUCACUCUGAUAGCAGAGAUGACGUGAAGGUUGACAUCACCAGACACAAUCACCUGCCUGUAGACAAUAAUUGUCUAUUGUCGGCAAAACAAGAUGGUGUCAUCUGUGAUGUGAUCGUAACACAAGGGCAAAAUGGGAAGAGGUGCAUCCACUAAUAAUUGAUUAUACAAAUGUUAGAUAUGG